AUGGAGCUGUUAAAUAAUGUUUCAAUUCAAGGUGACCCACGUUAUAUCAACUAUAAAUUUGAAUUUUUCACAUUCCCAGUGUUUCUUGCACUUGUUCCGUUUACUUAUGUAAUUCCUACAACUGUUAUUGUGUCAAAAAUUUGCAUAUGUUACUUUAAAAAUCCAUCAGGCAAUAGAAAUGGAACAAUGAAUCCUCAUGUGUUUCUGGUUAUUGCGAUAUCUCAGAUUACGAGUAUUUUCUACAUGAUUUCUGAUUACUUGACAACACGAAUUCCAUUUACUGGAGCUAUAACUUCUUGGUGUGCAUCUCAACAACCAAAUCAUCUCUUGAAAGUCUUAUUUUUCUUUUCAACAUACUUUACAUACACUGGAUGGAUAUUUCCAUUUCUUUUGACUACAUUGCGGCUAGUCUCAUUAUACUACCCAUUUAAUCAGGACGAGCUUUGUGCUCGGAUAACACAAUUAUCAAUUCCAUUCAUCUACAUCUGGCCACUGUUCUUCACAUUUACCCUAUUUCCAGCUCUUGGAUUCUGUCGACAGAUUCUAGGCCCUUAUCAGUUUGGUGCCAUUUAUUUUUGGUUUAGUGGAAAUUUGUUUGAUAUAAAAUUAAUAAAAGGUCUUAUUGGAAAUUUAUUAUUUUGGUUCAUCCUUUGCACUACUUCAACUUUGAUGCUCUUUAUAAAACUGGAAAAAAUGAAAAACCAACGAAAUAGUGCUCUCGUUCAAAAAGCUGAGCUAUCGCUUUCUCUAACGACUUUAUCAAUGCUGUUUUCAUUCAUUUUUCAUUUUGUCGGAGGGCUAAUAUUUAUAAUCAAUCCUUAUUAUACAGCAUAUUUUAUUGCUCUUCGGCCAUAUGGAAAUGAUAUUGAAUUUGUAGUCGUCCCUUGGAUUUUCUACUCAACUCAUCCAAUUUUCAAAAAGCAAUCUGUUGUCGCGGAUGGAGCAUCAAGAAUUGGAAGUGUGCAAACUACUUUUUGA